AUGGGCUUCUUCACCCGCAAAAACGACAACCUCAUCCCCCCAGUAGCACCCACCCAGGGCCAGCAACAGCGCGAUGACCCCUACGCCAACGCCAACGCCGCCAACACUACUGGCAGCAGCGACCCCUACGCCCGAUCCAAGCCCGCCGCGGGGGCACACUCCUCCCAACCUUCCUCCGACCCUUACGCUGCCAACCCCUCCUACCAAGCCGGUACCGGCGGCGACCCCUACGCCAAACGCGUCCCCGCCGCCAAACCCCAAAACCCCAACGACGCCGCCCGAGCCGAGCUUUUCGCUGGGUUUGCCGCCCCCGAAAAGCCUGCGGUGGAGAGGCAGUGGGGCUAUGAGGGACGGGAGAUGGAGGAGGAUUUCGAUGAGGAUGAGGAGGUGGAGGGGAUCAAGCAGGAGAUGAGGGGGGUGAAGCAGGAGAGUUUGGCUAGUACGAGGAAUGCUGUGGCGCUGGCAAGACAGGCGGAGGAGAAUGCACGAGGGACGAUUGCCAAGCUGGCAGACCAGUCCGAACGUAUUGCCAACUCGGAACGUUACCUGGACAUGGCCAAAGCCAACAAUCAACGUGCCGAGGACAAGGCGCAAGAACUCAAAGUCUUGCGCCGAAGCAUGUUCAAACCCGCUAUCGUCUGGAACAAGGACAAGAAGAGACAAGAGGAAGAAGACAAGAUCAACGAGCGCCAUGCCAUGGAGCGCGUCGACCGCGCCAAAGCCCUCCUCGACGUCCAAGACACCCGCAAACGUCUCGGCGCUUCUGCCAACCCCGCCCCCUCCCCCUACGCGUCCUCCGAACUACCCAUGCCUGGGCAACAAAAGGCCAAGAAGGAUGCGAGGGCGAGAUACCAGUUUGACGCUACUGCGUCUGAUGAUGAGCUCGAAGAUGAGCUGGACGAGAACUUGGAUGAGGUCUAUGAUGUGACAAAGAGGUUGAAGGGGUUGGCUACCGCCAUGGGCGGCGAGGUGAACAAGCAGAACGGCAGGUUGACGAAUAUCACGGACAAGACGGAGAACUUGGAGUUUGCGGUGCUCAAGAAUACCGAGAGGCUGAAGAGGAUCAGAUAG